UGUGUAACGUGAUACGUGAGCUGGCUGGGGACAGCUUGAUAACCAUUUCCGCAUAUUUCUCGCACAUAUCGCUGUGUUUAUUAAGAGAUGCAUGUUAAAGGAUUUAAUUUCGCAUAAAGUGCUGUUUGUAAGUGCAGCAAUACAUCCGCAUAAAUGGAAGCAAACAGCGUCAGUCGAGUAAACUGGGCCAUAAACCGCCGGGCGGAGAGUUUAGUAAGUAAACACAUGGCAGACAUGGCACAGAGACGCUCAGCGGUGUCUGAAGAGGAUAAAGUGCACCCUAUGCCAGGAGACCUGAGCAGAAGCGCAGAAGACAUCCCGGGGCGGGCCGAGGUGAAUUUCAGCACGGAUUCACAGUCCUACAAACCUGAUGGAGUGGCGGGAAAGUUGAUGCGCGAGGACGCGUCUUCAUCAUCGGAGACAGCAGCCCAUAGACAAAUCAUAUCACUGCUUAAUGAUAUCAAAGAGGAGCAACAGAGGCAGUGGGAAGUUCUGAAAGACCUGCAGGCCAGGAUUCAAGGACAGGUGUGUGAGGAGGAAGACGAGCCGCUUGACGUAGAUCUUCCACUGCGAACAAUGGAACAGCUCAAUGAAACGGAGCAGCAUUUAGAGGAUACUGAAGCUCAGAAGAGAAUGGUGUCACACCUCUCACGGAUGGGCGGAGCUACAGUAGAUGAUGCGGUCCGGCGUCUUAUGCACACUGUUCUCUCUUUCAGUGUGGGCUCAGAGCUCAACUGGGUUGGCAGAGGACAGAAAAGGAGCUUCAGAAACACACGACUGCAGGGUGUUUUAUUUCGUGCCUUGAAGAAGACACCUAUAGGAAAGGAGGCCACACACCACCAGUUUGCUGAUGUAGUGAAGAAAUGGUUGCGGUUUGCCCCUUUCCGACAAAGAGGAAGUGGACGAAGACCGCACUGGAAACCUGUUGAGUUCAUCUGUCCCAAAUAUGACAGUACUGUGGAAGAUCAUAACCAGCCUAACCAUAACCCGCUGGAUUCUGGUGAGAUUCAGGUGACAAUUUAAUAACAGUAAGUGUUGUAUCCAAAGACAAGUAAAGUAAAAUAAUUGAAUGAAGAGAGUGUGAAGCAUUGGCUUUCAAAUUCUGUUUCUUUUUUGCCAUAUUACAUUCUUUCUAUUAUAAUAUUUGCUUUGCUUUCUUUAAGUUAAAAUAUACUGUUGUUAGGGAAUAAUUUGCAGAUUUUCUCAUUACAGAAUUAAUCUUUAAAAAAAAAA